UGGGAUCUGGUUUGUUCAUCCCGAACACUGAAGCAAAUGGCGCAGUCGAUUUAUAUGGCUGGAGUUCUAGUCGGCGGCAUCUUAUUCGGAGGCCUCUCGGACAGAUUCGGUCGCCGGCCGAUCCUUUUGUGGUGUUACCUGCAGCUGGCCACAACUGGCACGGCAACUGCCUUUUCUCCCAAUUUCAGCAUCUACUGCAUCCUUCGCUUUGUCAGCGGGAUGUCUUUCUCGGGCAUCGUGAUGAACGGCGUCUCUCUGUGUGUGGAGUGGACGCCCACCAAGACCCGUCCGGUGCUGGGGGCCCUCAAUGGCUGUGCGUACACCACUGGGCAGCUGGUCCUGGCUGGCCUGGCAUAUCUUUUCCGAGACUGGCACCACUUACAGCUGGUGGUCUCUCUACCUUUUUUCUUAUUCUUCUGUUAUUCUUGGUGGCUUUGUGAAUCGGCUCGCUGGCUGAUAACAGCCGGGAAGCUCGAACAGGCCGUGACGGAGCUCAAGAAGGUGGCCAAAAUGAACAGGAAGCCGGGAGCUGCUGGAGCGCUAAAUGAAGAGUUUUUGAGAUCCAAUAUGAAGGAAGAAUUGGCCUCCAUGACGUCCAAGACUUCGCUGCUCGACCUGGUCCGGACCUCAACCAUGCGCCGCAUCUCCCUCUGCGUCUGCUUCGUCUGGUUCUCCACCAGUUUCGCUUACUAUGGGCUGGUGAUGGACCUGCAGAACUUCGGGGGCGACAUCUACCUGAUCCAACUCUUUUUUGGAGCGGUUGACUUCCCGGCUAAGUUUAUUUCAGUCCUCACCAUCACCUACAUUGGACGCCGGUUCACCCAAGCUGUUGCCCUUAUCUUGGCUGGGUUAACCAUCCUGGCCAACAUCUUCAUCCCUCAAGAUAUGCAGACCCUGCGGACCACCGUGGCUGUUUUUGGGAAGGGCUGCCUAGGCGCCUCGUUCAACUGCAUCUAUUUAUACACUGGAGAACUUUACCCCACGGUGCUUCGGCAAACCGGAAUGGGUCUCAGUAACACCAUGGCCCGCAUAGGAGGCAUCGUGGCUCCGGCGGUGAAGAUGACAGGAGAAUACAUCCCAUUUCUGCCCAAUCUUAUCUACGGUGCGGCUCCCAUCAUAUCCGGAAUCGUGGCGGCCUUCUUGCCGGAAACCCGUAACAUCCCCUUGCUGGAAACAAUAGAGCAGGUGGAGAACAGGUGAGGGGAAAAAAAAAUCACGGAAUAA